AUGUCUGCAUCAGAUGAGGACUAUUAUUGUAGCGAACAAAUCAACAUUCCUCCCCUUUUGCCAGAUAUUUUGAAGCAGUUCACUAAAGCUGCAAUUAGAACCCAACCCAAAGAUCCAUUAGCGUGGUCUUAUGAAUAUUUUAAGGCUCUAGCGCAUAGAGAAAUCCCACCUGUUAAAGAGCGCCUAGAGAUUGCCGUAGCAUCCCAAAAAACCGACACUGGUUUGACUCCUGGCAUUUUGAAAAUUUUACACAACCAGUUAGGUGGGUUUGAAAGAGUAGAUAGAUUAACAAUAGAGGAAAAAUGGCUUGCACUUUCGUUGCCUAUUGAAGGACUUCAAGAAAUAUGGCGCAUUGGUAAUUUCGCAGACGAUGUUCGCUGGCUUUACUUUUUUGCUAUUGCUGCUACUGAAAUAGCGACAAGUUUAGCAACUACAAUGAAACUUCUUUGUGAGUUGCUUACAACGGAGCCAGAGGGUUACUUGGCUAGGAUCCCAUUUGACCUCUUCAGUGAACUUUAUCGAUAUCUGUGCCAAAUUGAUGGAAAUAUUCCAGCUGGUUAUCCUGAACAUGUUCUUUCUCAACUCUCGUUUGAUGUACGGAUAUCCUGUGGCUUCAUAUCACCGGAAGCUUUUCUCCGUCCGGGCGCUCCGAAACUGCAUCCUAAUGAGGAACAGUUAGCACCAAAAUGCAAGAAACAAGUUACCAUUAUACACUCCUAA